AUGGCGACCACCAAUGGUGUCAAUGGCACCCAUAAUGCACUGGUGUCUGUUGAUGAGCUGACCUCACAAGAUUAUGACUUCAUUGUCGUCGGUGGUGGUACUGCUGGCCUUGUGAUUGCCGCACGUCUCACGGAGGAUCCAAAUAUCACUGUCGCAGUACUCGAAGCUGGACAGAAUCGAAUGGAAGAUAAGAAUGUCUCCACGCCAUCUCUAUACCCAACGAUGAUCGGUCGUCCCGAAUAUGAUUGGUGUAUGACUAGCAUUCCUCAGCCCAAUGCCGGCAACAAAGUCUACUCAAUGCCACGAGGAAAGCUACUCGGAGGCUCCUCUGGGAUCAAUUACCUCAUGGUCGUCCGUCCCAGCGCCGGUGAUCUUGAUGGAUGGAAUUCGAUGCCCGGGAUCAGUGGCUGGGACUUCAAGUCUAUGGUUCCCUACUUUCGGAAAUAUCACAGAAUUGAUCGAACCGAGUCAAGCGCAAAGAAGCCUUCAUUCAUGCCAGCUGCCGAAUCUGAGGAGUACUACAGUAAGGAUGGACCUAUCCACAGCAGUUUCAACGAGUGGUACAUGCCCCUUGAGGAAGACUUUGCAAAUGCUGCAUAUGAGAUAACUCCAGGAGAACGACUCAAGUCAGCCUAUCAAGGCGACCAUCAUGGCUUUUACUCCAGUCUUGGUGCUGUCAAUCGUUCGGAUGAUUAUGGUAAGCGAUCGUACGCUGCCACAGGUUACCUCCGACCCAACCUAGGACGACCAAAUCUCAAAGUUUUGACAGAAGCACAAGCUACGAGAAUCAUUCUAGAUGGGACAACUGCUAAAGGGGUCGAGUUUGUCCAUGGAGAGAAGAAGCACCGGGUAGAAGCCAAGCGAGAAGUUAUCCUGUCUGCGGGCGUUAUCCAAAGCCCACAGCUGCUCGAACUUUCUGGAAUUGGUGAUCCCGAAGUGUUAAGAAAUGCUGGCGUGGAUCUCGUUGUCGAAAACAAAGGCGUUGGUGCAAACUUCCAAGAUCAUGUGCUCGGUGGUAUUUUGUUCGACCUCAAACCAGGUAUUGAGUCGAUGGACGCUCUGCAUGACGAGGUUUUUUUGACCUCGCAACAAGAAGUAUAUGAGAAGACUCUUGGAGGGCUCUUCUCUUCGCCAGGAAUGGCCAUGGGGUUUGUAUCUUACAGUCAGACCGUCACUCCGGAAGAACUUGGAGCCACCAUCAAAGAAAUCAAGGAAAAGUCAUUGGCAAAGACCGAGUUCGAGAAGGCUCAAGAAAAGGUGAUCGUCGACCAACUGCGAAACCCAAACUUCAGCAACCUCCAAACAUUCUGCAUUCCCUGCCGCCUCGACGUCGCGAAAGGAUCUGACCAAACGCAGUUCUUCGGAGCCCCACCGAAGGGAAAGCAACAGGUCUCGCUCUUGAUCUGCCUCGAACACCCGUUAUCCCGCGGGACGGUGCACAUCAAAAGCUCCGACCCGCUCGCUGCGCCCGAGAUCGACCCAGGCUACUUCCGCAACGACAUCGACGCCAAGAUCCUCGCCGCCGGCAUCAAAUGGAUUGACCAGGUCGCAAAGCACCCGUUGGUGGCCAAGUCCCUCGAUACCAGGGAACUGCCGCCCCAAGAUGCGAGUCUCGAGAGCGAGGCGGAUCGGAUCGAAUACGUCAAGAACCAUGUUUCUACGCAGUAUCAUUUGAUUGGGACUUGUGCGAUGGGAGAGGUCGUGGAUAAUGAUUUGAGGGUCAAGGGCGUCAAGGGCUUACGGGUCGUGGAUGCGAGUGUUUUCCCGGGCCAUAUUUCGGGAAACAUCAUGGCUACGACGUACGCUGUCGCGGAAAAGGGUGCUGAUUUGAUUAAGAAGGACAUUGGGUGA